AUGGAUUUCUUCUCGGCUGCUGCAUCCCGCCUAACGGCCUGGAACGCCGCGAAGCAAGGCCAAGACUGUUUAGGGCUCCGCUCAGUCUCCUCCGGCUGCCGAGCUGUGGUCACGAAGGAGAUGGAGCCGGAAGCGGCCGGUUUUCGGCAACGGGCCGCACCCGGGGUGCGCGCUGGGUACCGGCUGCCUUUCCCCUUCUCUUGGCGAUCACGGCCGGUUUCUUCUUCCAAAUUCCACAUGCCUGCCUCCCCGGAAGACGUGGGGGACCCCACACUGUCUGCCUGUCCCCGGCCCGAGGUCCGGAGCCGCUACUGGACCAAGCUGCUGGCCUUGCUCUUUGCCCCUCUCCCCAGCUUGUUGCAGAAGUUGCUGCUGUGGACCCAGCUUUUCUGUGGGGUGAUUUCCAGCAGGUGGCUGGAGAUGGCGGGGGGCUACGGCGUGCUGAGAGCCCUGAGGAGACGGGAGGAGCCUGCCCUCGCCACCGUCCAGAAGUCGGGGAGCUCGCUGCUGCGCGAGCCCGCGGACGACUCGGCCGCCGUCCACCUGGACUGGCUGGAGGAAGGGCUCGGCUGCCAGUGCUCGUCCGCAGACCACGAGCUGGCACUGAAGGUCCUGGGAAAGGCUUUGGACCCAGCCGCUCACGCCUUCCUGGUCGAGCAGCUGCUGUGGCGCGUGGACCUGCUGCCGGGCAGCCUUCGCACCUGCCUCUUGCCGGAGCGGGACGUCGGCUCCUCGACCUCGGGGCCCCUCCACACUCCGCACUUGAGCCACCUGGCCGUGGUCUCCUGCCUGCUGAACCCCCCCUGCGCCGACUGCCUCCCCCAGCUCGCUUAUCAGUCCGGCGGGCGGAGCGGCGAGCUUGUUGACGGCCAGGCAGCGACGCCCGAGCGCACUCGCCACCCGCACGUCCUGAAAGCGGAGGCCCCGCGAGCCUCGGGCCGGGGGUGCCCGCCCGCGUCGGGGGAAGAAGGGCUGCCCGAGAUCCAGCACCUGCGCAUGAAACGGCUGGAGUUCCUGCAGCAGGCCGGCAAAGGGCACGCGCCAGCCGCCCCGGACCAGGACCAUGGCUACCACAGCCUAGAGGAGGAGCAGGGCCGCCUCUUGAUGGAGCAGAAACCCGGCUCCUCGCACGGCGCCCCCGCCGAAGCCCUUCCCACAAGCGCCCCGGAAGGCCCCGAGGAGAACGUCCAAGUGCGGAGCGGAGAGGGGCCGCCGGCUCGGGGGGACCUGGACCCCCGGGAAUGGGGCUCCUGUCGGGAGGUCGCCGGGGCCAGCGAGGCCGGAGAGGCCCAGGCCGCGGGCUUGGACAGCUCGGACGACGAUGACGACCCUCCCGUGUCCGCCCGACCCACCUGCAGUAACAAGCUGAUCGAUUACAUUUUGGGGGGAGACGCCAGGGACCCGGAGUCUGCCUCGGAUUCUUCCGAUGGUGAGGCCUGGAUUGAGGACUCGGAGGACGGCGGCUUUGACAGUGACAGCUCGCUGUCGGGGGAGGACCUGGACCCCGACACCGCUGGCCUCUGGAACUCCUUCCACUCCUUCGACCCUUACAACCCGCAGAACUUCACCGCCACCAUCCAGACGGCGGCCAGACUGGACACCAGGGCCCCUUCUCCGCAGACGAGUGGCCGAGAGCCUGCCCCCCGACCUGACAGCAGCCUGCCCGGGACCCCUGCCACCAUUUCUGAGCGUCACACCUCAGUGUCUUGUGAGGUGCAGCAGAGCGAGCGCCAGCUUCGUGGGCGAGGACACCAGCGUAUCCAAAGGAAAAAGGUAACUUUUCUUGAAGAAGUUACUGAGUAUUAUAUAAGUGAUGAUGAGAAUCGCAAAGGACCUUGGGAAGAAUUUGCUCGGGAUGCAUGCAGGUUCCGGAGACGAAUUCGAGAAACUGAAAAUACUAUUGCCUAUUGCUUGACCCUUGAGCAUAGAGAACGAAUGUUUAAUAGGCUCCAAGACUGGAAUGCUUACAAGCAUUAA